UACAAUGCACACACCCUUUUCACCUCUUGCUAUGCCACGGCUAAGAAAAACAGGCUGGAUUUUCACCACAGAGAUAAAUGGAGGAAGCAUUUAAUGGCUUCAUGCGCGUGUAGGAAAUAUAUACAAAGAAAUACAGAUACCCACAACCCUACUCCCAUCACUCCUAUGUUGCAAGAACACAAAGAAUUGUUUAAAAAAUUCAAAAUGCUUUCCAAGUUCCUCCCAGCAACAAGGAGGAGGCAAACGCCUCUAGGAAGCCGGAAGUUGUGGUCUUUUGCAUCACUGUAUCUCUUGAGGCUUCCUCGGAGCACCAUUGAGUUCGGAGGAGCUAGAGCGGCUCCCGCGUGUCCAUAGAGAGAAUACCCCGUCAAACACUAGUAGAGGAGACCGCUCGCUUAUUGGAGAAGUCACUUCCUAGUUCAAAUCAAGAAACCGUUUUUUAAAAUUCCCCCUUUCACCGAGGCGGAGAUCAAUGGAGACGGGGAAAAGUUACUUAUUAUUUUUUUUAGCACCACAGCUGCGGAAGCGUCCGAUCCCAAAAUAACCAACGUUGCCCCUCUCGUCCCUUUUGAUGCCUAUGAGGAGCCCCUCCGCCUUUGAAUUUAAAUAAAAGCUGGUGCAAUAAAAGGAGGCAUCCAAUAAGGCAUGCAAAACGCACCCAGUGGGCUCGAUCCUUGCUCGCUGGUUGCCGCCCGGGAAGUGUGCGGGCGUGUGUAUGCAUGCAUGGUUGCAUGGUCUCUAGUUGCUCCUCUUUCUGCCCUGCCUGGAUCUAUGAGUCCGGAAGUGGAUCCCGUUUUUGCAAAAUUGCAAAAUCCUCGCCAUGGCCACCUCUGCAGACCAGCUGGUGGGCUACGGCUUGGUCGCCUUCAGCCUCACCCUCUUUAUUUACUACACCAUCUGGAUCAUCGUGCUGCCCUUCAUCGAGAGCGACCACGUGAUCCACACGUAUUUCCUGCCGCGAGAGUACUCCGUGAUCAUCCCGGUGGUUGCCGGCUUGCUGCUGCUGCUCUUUGUUGGGACUUUCAUAGCCAUCAUCACGUGGAAGAACCGGAAGUCUGCGAAGAAAUCAGCCUGAAGGUGCCCAGGUGGGCCACGCAGCACUCAAGGGGAACAUUGCAGUGGCAGUGGGUUCCGCCGGAUAACCAGGUGCCAGCAGAUGCGGGAAGGGACUGUAGAAUGGAAGCACCCCACGUCAUCAGCCUGGCCCGGCUGCAGCCAUCGUUUCCUGCAUGUUAUGGACCAAAGGGAUCGGAAAUAGCAUCUUUUUGAGAAACUCCAAAUAUAGUCUCCUGUACAGUAUUUGUCCUUCUGGAUACGGUGAACAAGCUAAUUUCAUACGUGAUGC